AUGUACUCGCAGCACCACGGCGGCCCGGCCGGCGGCGGCGGCGGGAGCAGCGGCGGCAGGGGCGGAGCAGGCGGCGUGCUGGCGGGGUGGCGCAGCUGGUGGGUGACGCGGCGCUUCAAGGCGUCCGUGCUCGACCCCACGCUCGCCAUCUUCCGCGGCCUUCACCCCUCCUCCCCCUCCCCCUCCCCAUCCCCCUCCCCCUCCCCCUCCCCCUCCCCCUCCUUCCCCCCUUCCCCCCCCCCCUCCCCCUCCCCCUCCCCCUCCCCCUCCCCCUCCCCCUCCCCCUCCCCCUCCCCCUCCCCCUCCCCCUCCCCCUCCCCCUCCCCCUCCCCCUCCCCCUCCCUCUCCCUCUUCCCCAACCCGCAAUUCCCCUUGCGCCAUCAUCAGCGGGGUUCCGCCAAAGCAGCUCGCCUUCUCGCUUGCAGCAGGCUUCACUGCCGGCCUCUUCCCCCUCUGUGGUCUCACAGCAGUGCUGUGCACAGCGGUGGCGUUCCUACUCGGUGCAUCCGCCCAUGCCCCAUCCAUGAUGGCAGCUACCUUCCUCGCCACACCCUUCGAACUCAGCACCCUUCUCCACCCCUCCCCACCGCUCUCGCCAGCCUCAUCAUCCCGUACAUGCGGCUGGGCGAGUUUAUAUUCCAAGCGGACCGCCUCUCUGUGUCGCCAUCAGCGCUGGUUGGCGCGCUCACAGGGAAAUCCUCCUCCCGCCUGCUCAUGGGUCUCGUGCAUGCGGUCGGUUGCUCUUACUCUCACCCUUCUUCUUUUGCUUCUGCUGCUGCUGCUGCUGCCGCCGCUGCAGCCGCCGCCGCUGCCGCCGCCGAUGCUGCUGCUGCUGCUGCUGCUGCUGCUGCUGCUUCUUUCACGAUUCAUUUCCUUUAUAUUGCAAUUCGGAUUCCUGGUAUCCCUCUGUUGUAUUUCCCUCCUCAUUAA